AUGAGCCUUUGUUUGCUUGAAAUUAUUAUUACAUUCUCAUUUUUCUUAUCCCUACUCAGUCGGCCGAAGGAUUUUUCUUAUAUAAAUUUGCAUUUUCCAUCAUUUAAAAACAUUUAAGUGCACAUAAUGAAGGUUUAUAUUGUUGUUAUUCUGGCCUUUUUGGGCCUAGCAUUGGCCGACGAGCCGAAAUACACGACCAAAUAUGACAACGUCGAUCUGGACGAGAUAAUCAAAAGCGAUCGCCUAAUGAAAAACUACGUAAAUUGCCUUUUGGAAAAAGGCAAGUGCACACCGGACGGGGCUGAAUUAAAACGAGUUUUACCCGACGCCAUUCACACCGACUGCUCAAAGUGCAGCGAGACUCAGAAAAAGGGCAGCAAAAAAAUCAUGAGGCAUUUGAUCGACAACAAACCCGAAUGGUGGAAGGAUCUGGAAGCGAAAUACGAUAAGGAGGGUGUUUAUCAGAAGCAAUACAAGGCGGAACUUGCUUCAGAAAAAUCUAAAAAGGCUUAAUAAUGCAUCCUACACUAUUGCUAUCUCACUCUAAUUGAAUUCAUUUUUGUUAAUUAAACAAUUAAAAAUGCCUAUUUUAAACCAUUUUUAGUUUCAUUUAAAAGCUUGAUUUUGCAUCUCAAUGCAUCCUACACUAUUGCUGUCUCACUCUUAUUGAGUUUAUUCACUAGUUGUUAUGCCUAAGACUAGGGUGGCAACAAAGAUGACCAUAUUUUCACAAAAAC